AAGUAAAAAUGGUUGGAGUCGGAGCGGGUCGACUCGUGAUUUAUUCCAUCCUUUCCUUGGAUAUCAACUCAGCCAUCGAGCUGGGAAGCGGCGGUAACGAAAAAGUUCAAUUAAACAAAGAGAGAUGUUAGGAAGAAGGCUGGUCUCCUUCUUCAGGAGCCCUCCAUCUUCACAGCUUUCCAGUACCGCUAAACCCGUGGAUGAAGAAAAGGGUAGAUCAUUUGGUCGAAAGGCUAUAUCUUUUCUGUUAAUUACUACCACCGGUGGUGUUGCUUUGAGUGCUCUUGAUGAUCUUGCCAUAUACCAAGGUUGCAGCAGCAAGGCCAUGGAGAAAGCCAGUAUGAAUCAGGCAAUCAAAGAUGUUAUUGGGGAACCAAUUGUUAAAGGUCCAUGGUACAAUGCAUCUCUUGCAGUAGCGCAUAAAAGGCAUUCUGUGUCUUGCACAUUUCCUGUGUCUGGACCACGUGGCAAUGGUGUCCUCCAAUUGAAGGCAGUUCGAAAUGGAGAUGACAAUUGGUUUUCGUUCUUCCUUCCUCGGGACUGGGAAAUCCUAGUAAUGGAAGCUCUCCUUCAUGUUCCUGGUAAUGAAGAGAAGCAGCAAACGCAGCGGAUUAAUCUUUCCGAAAACUAUCCUCCUGAAGAUUGCAAGGCAUGCACGGCUUGCCCGCGUGAACCUCAAAAGCUGGCAAGCAAAUGAACAAGUAUCAGUUUUCAAAUAUUUUUUUCCCCACACAAGUAUCGUUCCUUCCUUCGCUAGGAUACAACUCAAGUUUGAUGUUAUGUGCUCAUUAAUAAUGUUAAACCUGGUCCAAAACUUUUACGACAGACGGUAUUUGUUAUUCAUUUUGCUCCCCUUGUUUCAGAUAGGAUUUAAUUGCAAGGGAUUACAGAGAUUGAAGAGCAAAUAAUAGUUUAGGGAUGAAGAUGGAUUGUAAACAGUAAAAGAGCAUUUGGCAUCUCUUAUGAAUAAACAAGAAAUGAAACACAUAUUUUAAAAAGUUUAA